AUGCCACAGUUCCCUGCAGCCAGUCAGGCUGAGAAUGCAGAUUAUCGCACAAAUCUCUUUGUACCCACAGUUGAAGCUAAUGUUGAGACUGAGACAUACGAAACUGUGAAUCCUACUGGGAAAAAGACUUUUUGUACAUUUGGGAAAGACAAGAGAGAGCACACUAUUCUCAUUGCCAAUGUCAAACCUUACUUAAAAGCCAAACGUGCCCUGAGUCCUCUGCUUCAGGAGGUUCCCUCAGCAUCGAGCAGCCCAACCAAGACAUGCAUUGAGCCUUGCACCUCAACAAAAGGACCACUGGAUGGUUGUGAAGUGAAAUCAGGAGCCUUGGCUGAACCAAGCAGCCAGUACUUGUCAACUGACAGUCAGUAUCUAUCGCCCAGUAAACAGUCAAAAGACACUUCCUUCAUUGCAUCAGAUCAGAUGGCUAGGGCCUUCGCAGAUGUGCAUUCCCGAGUGAGCCGAGACUCAAGUGAGAUGGACUCUGUUCUGGAGCAGUUAGACCGUUCAGCCCGGGAUCUAGGCAGGGAAUCGGUGGAUGCUGAGGAAGUUGUGAGAGAAAUAGACAAGCUCUUGCAGGACUGUCGGGGAAGUGACCCUGUGGCCAUCAGAAAGUGAGGGGGAAAAUAAGGACAGGCUGGCAGUUACGUUCCUCUUCUGCUGAUUAAAAGUAAAUAAAUAAAUAAAUCCCCUGGUUGUAACAGAAUUACAGGAAUGAAGGAAGACCAAUGCUGCUUUAAGGCUUUUAGUGAACAUCUGAAGUGCCCACAAGUAUGUUCUUUUCACUGCUCUUUCUUUUUGACAGAUAACACUGGUUUCAUUUUGACCAAACUUUCAUUAGGACAGAGUCAAGUACACCAAGAACAAAAUGAAAGAAGGAAAGACAGUGCCAUUUUGACAAUCUGAUAGGAAGGUGUAAGAAAGAUGGAAUGGAAAUACAUCUGAUACUUUAAGACUGUCCUCAAUAGCUGAUGCUGACUUUACUGUUUACGUAUAAACCCCAAGAAAAACAGGGUUGAAUAAAGCUGAUCUGUGGUAGAUUUCCAGCAGUCACCACAGGUUCCUACUGAAAGUCCUAUAAAGAGUUCUUGUAGUAGUCCAAGCGACGCCAAACAUUAACAUUCAUUUGUGGUAAACAUUUAUGUACAAAGUUACCUGCCACAAAUAUGAAAAAAAACAAAAACAAGAAAACAAAAAGAACCAUUCCAGAUCAUUAUUCAAGAAAACAUAUCCUGAUCAUUAAUGAAACACUUCAUAUCAUAUUAAGGUUAAAUGUACAAUGAUAUAGUCCAUCUUGUCCUGCACACACAUAAGCUAAUUCACUUGAUAAAAAAAAUAAUUUUAAUAUCUAUUUAGCAUUUUAGUGUCCAACAAA